AUGGACCGCCCCAACCGCCCCGCCGCCCUGGCCACCACUCCCGGCCUCCCCCCUCAGGCCCAAAUAACCACCUCCCACGACAACACCCGCGUCUCCGCCGUCCUCCCCACCGGCGACUCCGUCGAGGUGCUUCUCCACGGCGCCACCGUCAUCAGCUGGAAGGAUGGCUCGGGCGCCGAGAAGCUCUGGCUCUCCACCGCCGCCAAGCUCGACGGCUCCAAGCCCGUCCGUGGCGGCAUCCCCCUCGUCUUCCCCGUCUUUGGCACCGCCCCCGGACACGCCGCCACCGCCUCGCUGCCCCAGCACGGCUUCGCGCGUAAUUCCAAGUGGGAGUUUUUGGGUAAGAGCACGAGCGAGGGCGGUGAUGAUGCCGCUGAGGGCUCGGUGAAGCUUGAUUUCGGGUUGAGCUCGGGAACGCUUGGCGAGGACUGGAAGGCGAAGUGGGGAUAUGCGUUUGGACUUGUCUACAGUGUUACUUUAAGCCCUGGAUCGUUGAGCACUGCGCUUGUGGUUAGCAAUGAGGGUGAGGAGGCUUUUGAGUCUCAGGUUUUGCUUCACACUUACCUCAGGGUCAAGGACAUUUCCGCCACCGAAGUCACCGGCCUCGAAAACAGCUCCUUCCUCGACAAGGUGGAUGGUCCCCAAACCAAGACCCAAUCCGGCCCCGUCACCAUCACUGGCGAGACCGACCGCGUCUACAAUCCCGAGACCGACCCCAAGGACCCCGUCCGCGUCGUCGAAUCCGGCAAGCCCACCGUCACCCUCGUCCGCGACAACCUCCCGGACGUCGUCGUCUGGAACCCCUGGGUCGACAAGGCCGCCGGCAUGGGCGACUUCGAGCCCAAGGAUGGCUGGAAGAACAUGAUUUGCGUUGAGGCUGGUAGCGUUCGGUCGUGGACUAAGUUGGAGAAGGGCGAUGUCUUUGAGGGUGGUCAGACGUUUUAUGCCAAUUGA